UAGUACAAUGUUUAAGUUGAAGUUUUGGUUGAAGUUAUUAAGUUAUUCCCGAAUUCUGCUUUGGCAAACAUUGUGACCAACAGAUUCAACAAAUAUCUCCUAUCCUUUUUAGUAUAGUGGAUGUGAUUUAUUUAAACAUGAAUCGGGUAUUCAUGUAUGGAACUCUAAAACGCGGGCAACCAAACCACUAUGUGCUGUCGGAGGUAGGACAUGAGAGAUAUACAUACAUAGGAAAUGGUUUCACAAGCACGAAGUGGCCUCUUGUAAUUUCUUCGGAGCAUAAUAUCCCAUAUUUAUUGGACAAGGAAGGCGAUGGAUACAAUAUCAAAGGUGAAGUCUAUGAUGUGGAUGACGUCCUCUUGAGACACAUCGACCAAUUCGAAUGCUAUCCCGACGUCUAUGGCCGUCGAAAGGUGGACAUCAUCAUGACCAAAGAAGAGACGGGUGCGAACACAGGUCCGAAAACCGAUCCGACUACCGACUCGAAAACCGACUUGGCGGAAGCCAUCCGACUGGCCAGUCAGCCGGGAAGAAUAAUGGAAUGUUGGAUUUAUUAUCUGCCCGAGCCAAGUUCUUUACUUCUGGAACUCGAAAAGAUUGAAGACUAUGAUAGUUAUGGAGCUCAUGGGAGGCCGUAUAUACCAAUUUAUGAGGAGGGCAAAGGCUGGGUUGGUGAACUAGAUAAGCCUUCAUCAUAAUCAGGGGCGAAAAGAGGAAAGGGAGAAGGGAAAGGGAGAUAGAAGAGGGGAAAGAGAGGAGGGUUUCUGAA